CGCGGCCGGAAAGCGGUGGAGGCGGAGGAGGAUCAAGCCGGUGAGGCGGACAUGGCGCGGCUUCUCGCCCGAGAGGGGGGCGGCGAGGACGGCGCCAAAGCCCCGCCUCCAGCGCAGCGGCCUCCGGCGUCUCGGCGCGCGAUGCACCUUCUGGUCGCGGUUUUCCCCAUCCUGCUGGGGACUGCUCGCUACUUCGCCCCCAAGUCGUCCUACCCGGUGGCGAGCUUCCCCUCGUUUUGUGUCUCGGCUAAAGCUCGAGCCGACUGGAGGAAGGGCAGGCCGGCAAAGAACCACUCCAUCACGGCCUCGUUCUCUCUCGUCGGGGCGUGGACCGAUAGGCCGCCUUUCCGAUUGGGCUGCGACGAGGGGCUCAAGGGCCGCGUCGACCGGCUGCUGGAUGACCUCUACUCCAAGCCGCGCCGGUUUGCCUCGAGUGACGGCGGCUGGGACGGCGAUCCGGGCACCAUCACGCACCUGCAGUUUCUGAACCUCGACACCGAACCGCUUCUGGCUUAUUGCACGUUGACCUGCGGCACAUCGAGGCGGCCGCGCUGGGGCAGUGCCGCCUGCCGCGGAAAGUUCGACGUCGAGUCGAUCUCGAUUGCUGCCGACGGCAUCAGCGUCGGCUUGCUCAACGCGCCGAUUCGCCAGGUCGCAGAUCUGCUCGUCGGGGAGAUGGGCCACAUCAUCUGCUACGGCGACUCGGUUGCGGCGGUCGCCGUGUGCAACAAGGAGACGUCGCACCUCACGAAGCUGCGCGGCGUGGUCCAGCUGCUCAACGCCGAGAUAAGCGCGCGCGCCACGCUGGUCAACGUCCUCCUCUGGCCUUUUGGCGCCCAGCUGCUCCUUGGCAAGGCCCUCUGGCACGUGACGUGCACCACCUUGACAUGCGCCUCUCCGUUCCCGCGCAAAGUGGACCCGAACUUGGCGGCCGUCGAGCGCGCGCGCGCCGACAUCGCAAAGCUGAAGGAGGUCGGGAUAGAGGCGGAGCUGGGCGAGGGGCGGUUCGACCACAUACGCGACGAGAACGGCGAUGGAGUCUACCACGUUUGGGCGGGCGCGGAUGGCGGCGGAGGGAAGUACGUGAACGGGAUCUACCAGCCGAACCACAUGGAGAACGACGGGAUCGUCUCGAAGCUCGCCACCGGGACGCAGUGGCAGAGUAAAAGUUAG